AAUAAAUUAAAAAAAGUUCGUGACCUAGACCGGAGCAAAUGUAUAUGUGGAAAGUGUAUCAUAAUGCGUUUGAAUUUUCCACGGAGCGUUUUCCAUUUCCGGCAGUGGAAAACCAACAACGCGGGUAUAAGCAGUUCGUGAGGUUUGCCAAAAGUGUUGGAAUUCUCUUUUCAUGUAUCUAUCGGCCUAACAUAAUAGGGCAUCCAAAAAAACCGGACGUCGAGUCCGCGGUUAUCUUUUUGAUAAAGAUGGUAGACAGACAAUUUAUGAACCAAAAUGGAAUGGUUUUUCCAUCAGCCAUAACCCCAUCUCCAGAGCCAAAAUGGGUGUCGCCUGAUAUUAGCGAAAAGCAAGACAUUCACCAGAAACUUCUGAAGUACGAUCACCUAUCCAUGAUGGAUAGGUUGGUGCUGUUCCUGGCGGAAUACCUGGGAACUGCGAUUUUGGUGUUCUUGGGAUGUGCGGGCUGUGUGAAGUACAGAGAAGGGUCUGGUCCUGGGAGCUUGGAAGUUGCGUUUGCUUUUGGGUUUGCUAUCAUUAUCGCUGUACAGACCGUUGGACAUAUUUCAGGAGCACAUAUCAAUCCUGUGAUCACUUUAGCAGCUUUAAUAAUGGGUGUGACGCCUUUAAUUCAAGUUCCAUUGUAUCUUGGAGGCCAAUUUUUAGGCAGCUUGACCGGAUAUGGAUUGUUGAAGACACUAGUACCGCAAGAAUAUAUCAAAAGAUCCCAAGACAAUGUGAGCCUUUGCUCUCCCGAACCAAAUCCAAAACUACAAGACGCCCAAAUUGUUUUCAUGGAAUUCUUAUUGACGUUCUUUUUGGUACUUAUUGUCUGCAGUGCUUGGGAUAAUAGAAACAGUACCAAACUGGAUUCACUUGCUAUCAAAUUGGGACUAGCAGUCGCAGGGCUUGCCUUAGUUGGAGGUGGCUUUACCGGUGCGCAUCUGAAUCCUGCGAGGACCUUCGGACCUGUAUUGAUCAACGGUGAUUGGGGAUAUCACUGGGUAUACUGGGUAGGUCCAUUGCCAGGUUCCAUUGCAGGUUCACUUUUUUACCGGAUCAUUUUCCAAAAGCCUCUAAAGGAGACUGAAGAAAAAUCUGAUGGCAAAAUCACUCCAUCCACCAAUGCAUAAAAGCAUAUAU